AAGAUAAUGUUGAGACGUCACGCAGGUUCCUCACCGUGUAGUAAUCCUCAAUGGCACCUCAGAAAAGAGCACGAAAAGAUCAAGGAACGCCAAAAUUGACACAAACAUCCCUUCUUGACCACAUGCCUUCUUCUCCUGCGAAAUCUACGCGAUCACCAACCAAACCCAAAUCUCGUAGGAGUCCUACCAAAUCGCAACUUAAAGCGCGACUCCACCUAUCUGACAACAGCGACGACGAAACUUCGGAUAUAGCUGCGAUUAGAUUUGAACCCCUACAACAGUCCAGUGGCGACGAUGACGAAGAAGAAGAAACAUUGCGCACACGGACAUUAGCGCCGAAACGGAAAAAGGUUGUCAUUGCUAGCGAUGACUCCGAGUCUGAAGGAGACAUUUUGGUAUCUCGUCGUAAGCGAAAACAGACUGAAACACGUACGACAACGGUCAAGAAAUCGACGAAACGAAAACAGUCCGUCUCCACUACAGACUCGGAGGAUGUUCCUAUACAACCUAAACGAAGGCGGAGGCUAGUAAAAGGAGAGAGAGCCUCGUCAUCCAUUCCUUCUGAAGAGAGUUCGGAGGACGAUUUAGGCACUGAUCACAUCCUCAAUGAUAGAUUUCGUGCCCGGGGAAAACAAACCGCGUUCCAAAGGAAUCUGGAAAAACUGAAAAGAAAGAAACAAGGGAAGCCGAUGGAGCUCCCUGAAUCGGACCGUGAAAACGGUGGCUUUGGAGAAGAAGAAUUCAUACCCUUUGCAGGCGCAAAACCACACGUAGAGAGGUCGAAUGGUUCGAAGGACGAGGAUGAGGAUGAAGAGGUGGAUGAUUUCGCAUCUGACAACGAUUUCAUUGUCGAGGACGACAACAACGCGCCCGCUGUAUUACCACUGGAGUUUAGUAUGGAAUCGCACCAGGACUUAUCCCACCAGUUCAAAAAAAUAUUCCAAUUCUUUGUUCAUAUCGCGACGCGUCAACCUUCGGAUAGGCACGACUUCAUGCUCAAUCAACUAGAAAGUGAAGAAUAUUUCUCGGUACCGUUACAGAUGUUCAGACGAAAACUUCUCGGGCUGAGAGACUCACUUGUUGCUUCCUCUGUUUGGCGGCCUGAGUUCAAAAACGCUCUUGAGAGGCAUCCGAACUUUGAUUUGGUUCACCUCGAUUUCGCAUUUCCCGGAUGUGAUGCUUGUCAUCUAGGAGCACGAAUGUCAACUUAUUCGGCGCGGCUUUCUGGGAAGAAAUACUGUCAUCUAGGGUACGAGGUACAAGCGGAAUCGGAAUCAGAAGACGACGAAGAUGACGAGGACAACGAUGAGAGUGCCUCGGACAUCAGUUCGCAGAAACGCCGUACGGUUUUGGUGGAGUUCAACCUGGGUCGCUUUUGUGCAAGGCGCACUCGAGUCUAUCACGACAUAACGCAUUGGGAAUACUCCCUCUUCAAGUCCGUAGACCAGGAGGUCCGCGCCCUUCAAGGGGGUGAAGACACGGGUUUCGUACGUGUAGCAUUCGCAGGAGGGAGGAAACCUCCUGAGGACAUUCAGGAUGCAGAUGCGAUAUGUGAAUGGCUGGAUGAACGCAGGGUCAUUGAUUUCGAAUGGCAAAGGUUAAACGGUGUCAUGGAGAAUGCGAGGAAUUUGGAGAUGAUGGCCAAGAGGGGACAGGAUUUGGACUGA